AGUGGGGUGAAAUCUCGGGCGAGCGUGAGAACCAGCAGGGUGAGGAGGAACAAAUAACGUGGAGACCUGAAAAGUGUGUGCACUCAUUGCAGCAUUUCACAAGAAGGCAGCACGGUAACUUUAAACGACAUCAGCUUCUCCGGGGACGAGAAACUUUUCGUUUAGCGCCACUUUUUUGCACUUUGGUAAAGUUGAGCUCUGCGCGGCUCGGAGUCCCCACCUUGGAGCAGAAAGUCGGUCGGUGGUCGGCAGUUGGUCCUGCAGGAAUGUCGCGACCAGAGAAACACGAUUUUUAUCGAGAGGAGGUGAACAAGACGAUAUGGGAAGUCCCGGAGCGGUACCAGAGACUGACCCCGGUUGGAUCCGGCGCCUACGGAUCUGUCUGCUCCGCCAUUGACAUGGAGACCGGUUUGAAGGUCGCUGUGAAGAAGCUCUCUCGGCCUUUUCAGUCCAUCGUCCACGCCAAAAGAACCUACAGAGAGCUGCAGCUGCUUAAACAUAUGAAACAUGAAAACGUAAUUGGCCUCUUAGAUGUCUUCACCCCUGCCACCUCUCUGAAGGACUUCACCGACGUGUAUCUCGUGACUCAUCUAAUGGGGGCAGAUCUCAACAACAUAGUCAAAUGUCAAAAGCUCACCGAUGACCACGUGCAGUUUCUCAUAUACCAGAUCCUCCGAGGAUUAAAGUAUAUUCACUCAGCAGGCAUCAUCCAUCGAGAUUUGAAACCAAGUAACCUUGCAGUGAAUGAAGACUGUGAGCUGAAGAUUUUGGACUUUGGUCUGGCACGACACACCGACGACGAGAUGACCGGCUACGUGGCGACCCGCUGGUACCGUGCCCCAGAGAUCAUGUUGAACUGGAUGCAUUACAACAUGACAGUGGAUAUUUGGUCUGUGGGAUGUAUAAUGGCAGAACUUCUCACUGGACGUGCUCUGUUUCCCGGCACUGACCAUAUAAACCAGCUUCAGCACAUACUGCGUCUGACAGGGACGCCCCCAGCAACUCUAAUGAACAGGAUGCCCAGCUAUGAGGCCAGAAACUACAUCAGCUCCUUGCCACACAUGCCCAAGAGGAGCUUUGCUGAUGUAUUUAUUGGCGCCAACCCACUUGCUGUGGAUCUUCUGGAGAGAAUGCUGGUUCUGGAUACGGAUAAGAGGAUAACGGCAGCUGAAGCUCUGGCCCACCCCUACUUCGGUCAAUACCACGAUCCAGACGACGAGCCUGAAGCCGAGCCUUAUGACCAGAGCUUCGAGAGCCGGGAGCUGCAGAUCGAUGAGUGGAAACGAUUAACCUUUGAGGAGGUGUGCAGUUUCCAGCCACCUAGCUUUGAUGAUGAGGAUGACACAGAGUAAUGAGACGCGCCACCAGUUCAACCCAAGCUUUUGACUACAUAACUUAUGCUUUAAAGUCUCAGACACACACCAGCCCUUAUUAGUCUAUUAAUUGAGAAAACAUAACCAGAAAACAUAAGAAAAAAGUUAUUAUUCUUAUUUAUAAAUGACUUAAUGUUGGUCAGUUGCUGGAAAACGUCCCUUCUCGCCAACAACUAAAAUAGUUUUCUAUUUAAUAUUUAGACUUUAUUUCGACUCCUCACUGUGACGCUGAGAUGCUGAAACACUUUGACCUAUUGCUGUGCUAGUUUUUGUUUUUUGAUUAAUUUAUGGAUGAGCAUUUUUCUGUUAUUUGAAAAAUUGAACCACUUCCAAGCAGUUGCCCCCGAUUCUUGAAUUUCUGUGACAGAAGUACAUUUCUGUGUUUUUAGGUGUUUGACAAUUGGGACAAUGUGCCUUCUCUGUGCAGUCACUGAACUUUAAUGCUCACCAACUAGAUUUCUCACAUUUUACUGAUCAAUUUGAUUAAUUUAGUUAGAUGAAAUCUGAGCCUUUUCCUAUAUAGGGUUUUAUUAUUAUUUUUUUCACCAAGGCCCAUAAAUAUGAAGCGAAAUCUGCAUAGUACAUGCUUUGCUCAAAUUGUGUAAAUAUAUAUGUUCCAUGUUUUUUAAAAUUUCACACAUGUUUUGAAGCAAUCACUGUUAGUAUGUACGUCAACACAUUGUGUGUGUCCGCUAGUGUGUUGUUGGUUUCUAUGAAUUUAAGCGUCGUGCCAUAGCUUUUAAUAAAAAUGCAGCUUAAAUGUGUAAAAGGAGGGAUUCGUAUUUAUACUUUGUGGAGCUGGUAUUUAUAAGCAAUCGAAGGGUCCCUUGAGCUAUUUUCAGUUUGCAGUUGCAGAGUAACUACUGCUUUAAGUCCUUUGUUUAACAAAAUAAAGACUUAUUUCUAAGAGAUUA